GGCAGGCUCAGGAAAUGCUACGUGUCUUGAAGUCUCCAAAACGGGUUCUUCUUUCUGACAAUUAUCAGAUAACCGUCUGACUACCAGGUCCGCCGUAAACAAGCAACAUAGUCCGGCUAGUAGCCUAGUCACAAGUCGUAGUUCAGCGAUCUUCAACCAGUCUGCGAUGUCUGGAAACAAAAAGCAGCGAACGGACCUCCAAAGAUCGACCAACGUAGUGUACCAGGCCCACCAUGUGAGCAGGAGUAAGAGAGGCCAGAUUGUGGGCACCCGAGGAGGCUUCCGGGGAUGCACCGUCUGGCUGACUGGUCUUUCCGGUGCUGGGAAGACCACCAUCGGUUUCGCCCUGGAGGAGUACCUGGUGACCCACGGGAUCCCCUGCUACUCCCUGGACGGCGACAACAUCCGCCACGGACUGAACAGGAACCUGGGCUUCACCUCCACGGACAGGGAGGAGAACAUCAGGCGCAUUGCGGAGGUGGCCAAGCUGUUCGCCGAUGCUGGCCUGGUGUGCAUCACCAGCUUUAUUUCCCCCUUCACUAAGGACCGGGACGAAGGCAGGAAGAUCCACGAGGGCUCCGGACUGCCGUUCUUCGAGGUGUUCAUCAACGCCCCACUGGAGGUGUGUGAGGAGAGGGACGUCAAAGGCCUCUACAAGAAGGCCCGUGCUGGCGAGAUUAAAGGCUUCACUGGCAUUGACUCUGACUACGAGAAGCCAGAAGCCCCUGAGCUGGUGCUGAAGACCGGAGAGAGCAGUGUGAACGAGUGCAUCCAGCAAGUGGUGGAUCUUCUGAAGGAGCAGGGCAUCGUGCCCACCGGAGUGAUGGAAGAGGUCAACGAAUUGUUUGUGUGCGAGAACAAGUUGAACCUGGCCAUUGCCGAUGCCAGCACCCUGCCCACCAUCAGCCUCACUAAGCUGGACCUGCAGUGGGUACAGGUGUUAGCGGAGGGCUGGGCCACCCCCCUUAAGGGCUUCAUGAGAGAGAGGGAGUACCUGCAAGUCUUGCACUUUGGCACGCUCCUCGAUGGUGGCACCAUCAACCUGUCUGUGCCCAUCGUCCUGCCCGUUUCCAUGGAGAAGAAGCAGAGCCUGGACGGCUGCGCCGCCUUGGCCUUGGAGUUCAAGGGUCGCAGGGUGGCGAUUCUCCGCAACCCCGAGUUCUACGAGCACCGCAAGGAGGAGCGCUGCUCCAGGCAAUGGGGGACGAACUGUCCGCAGCACCCUUAUAUCAAGAUGGUAAUGGAAGGCGGUGAUUGGCUGGUUGGUGGUGACCUGGAAGUGCUUGAAAGAAUCAAGUGGAACGAUGGUUUGGACCAGUACCGUCUGACUCCUCAGGAACUGAAACAGAAGUUCAAGGAAAUGAGAGCAGAUGCAAUCUUCGCAUUCCAGCUGCGAAACCCGGUGCACAACGGGCAUGCCCUGCUGAUGCAGGACACCAAGCGGCGUCUGCUGGAGCGGGGCUACAAGCGGCCGGUGCUGCUGCUGCACCCGCUGGGCGGAUGGACCAAGGACGACGACGUGCCGCUCGACUGGCGCAUGAAGCAGCACGCCGCCGUGCUGGAGGAGGGCGUGCUGGACCCGGCCUCCACCAUCGUGGCCAUCUUCCCCUCGCCCAUGAUGUACGCCGGGCCUACAGAGGUCCAGUGGCACUGCAGGGCCCGGAUGAUAGCUGGUGCUAACUUCUACAUAGUUGGCAGAGACCCAGCUGGCAUGCCGCACCCGCUGACCAAACAGGACCUGUACGAGCCUACCCAUGGGAGCAAGGUGCUGACCAUGGCUCCCGGCCUCACCUCCGUGGAGAUCAUCCCCUUCCGAGUCGCGGCCUACAACAAAGUGAAGAAGGGCAUGCACUUCUACGACAAAGAACGACACAGCGAGUUCGACUUCAUCUCCGGCACCCGCAUGAGGAAACUGGCGCGGAGUGGCGAGAACCCGCCCGACGGUUUCAUGGCUCCGAAGGCCUGGAAGGUUCUCACCGAAUACUACUCUUCAAUUCAGAAGGACCAGUGAACGUGCCGUCCCGUUUCCCAGAACGGCCCUGACUCCUACUUAGGCGCAAUAAAAUGAAACAUUCCGGUUUUCUCUUUCUUUAAUAUUCUUUUUUUUAUAUAUAUAUCAUGUUUAGUCUAAAAUCAUACAUGUUUAUGAUAUACAUGUAAAACUGCCUUGUCUUAGCUGCAUGGUUUUAUAAUUUAUUUGCAUUCUGGAUUCUGUGAUCAUUUCAGCCUUGGUGACCAACAUGUCGGGAAACAGAUGAAAGUGAGUGUUCUCUGCGGUGUUGUCAGAAGUGCUGUGUUUGAAGCGGUAAGAGCGAUUGCAGCUAUGUUAUAUGGAAAGCGAUGCUUGUGACACAUUCCUGUGUGUCGUGGUGCUCGGGUUGUGUAAUUCCUAAGAAGGGAAGAAGUGAGGUUAUGUCUAGUCCCAGGCUUGGGAUUCCCCUUCUAAUAUAAAAAAAUGAAGUAUAUGUGUCAAAUCAUUGUCACCAGGGUAUUGCACAUUUCAGUGGUCAUUUCAUAUGGUACACCUAUCUAGUAUGGAGUAGGACCCCCUAUUGCCUACAGAACAGCCCAUUAUUAUUUUCAGCAUGGAUUCAACAAAGAUGUUUGUCCAUGCUGACUCGAUAGCUUUGCACAGUUCCAACAGGUAUUUCAGCCACGCUUUCAUGGUGCUAACCUCCCAUUCGACCUCAUCACAGAAAUGCUCUGUUUGAUGGAGAUGUUGGGACUGUGCACGCCAUUGGAGUAAACUGAAGUCUACAGGUGUCGACUUCAUUAUUACCUGUCGGUGUUGCAUGCCAGAAUAUGGCUUCAAAUACGAUGUCACUUGAAAUUGGAAGUUUUUAACAUCGUUUUCAGAGAUGUGCUAAAUCCUAAAUAUUUACAAUUGCUUGCAAAUUAUUUACAUUAUAUUAUGUAGGUCCCAAUAUGUUACACUUGUCAUGAUGUUUGAUGUAGUUAUGUCAUCUUAUUGCACUGUGUUCACUGGACAAUUCAUAGCAUCAGCUGUGAUUUAACUGGGUAAUUUCUACAUCAUCUACAUCAUCAAAAGCCUCAAGUGCCUUUUUCUGUUCAGUGUCAAUAUGAAUGUACUACUGUGCUUUACGUAAGCUUUGUGUUUAAAGCUGUGAUUGGAUGCCUGAGUGAUCUGAUAUUUUUAUAUCCGAAUUUCCCUGAUUAGUAAGUAAAGGCAUGGGCUCAUCAAGAAUAUAGGGCUUGCCUGCAACAAUGGGGAAGCUUCACAUGUGUGAAGGAUAAAAAAGAACAUAUUUAUUAAUGUCAAUCUCUGUGCCUUAACUGAUUAUCUUUUAGUAUUUACAGUAGCGGCUUACCAUUUAAAAUUUGUAAACCAGAAUUUUAGUACAAAUUAAAAUUUUAUAUUAUUG